UUUCGCGGGAAACUUUCUUCGAAGGAGUAAGGCAGAAAUCAGAAAUAUUUUCUGAAUUAUAAGUAUUGUUGAAGGUAACAAGCGAUAAUGCCUGGCGCAACUCUUCCAAGGCCAUCGUUGGAUGAAGACAUCAAGAAAAAAUUGUCUGAACUGGAUGAAGAAAUGAAAGAUGGAGAUAUCACAGAAAAGGGCUAUUGGAAGAAAAAAUGUCGACUGCUUGGUGACAGUAUCCCUGACAAGACUAGAGAGGAAGUCCUUUCUCUGGAGAAUGAUUUUAAAGAUGAAAUUAUAACGGAGAAGGGAUAUUAUAAAAAGCUGCAGAAGCUUUUUGAUUUAUACCUCAAACUGACUGAGGCAUCAAAAGAUGUAAUUCAGAAAGAGGAACAUGAAAAAAAGCAAAAUGGAAACCAGGAAGACAAAGAUGGAGGGACUAACGGACACUCAAAUGGAAUGGAGAGUAACGGUCACUCAAAUGGAAUGGAAACUAACGGUCACUCAAAUGGAAUGGAGACUAACGGUCACUCUAAUGGAAUGGAGACUAACGGUCACUCAAAUCGAAUGGAGACUGAAGACAUCACAGAAAAUGGUACUAACAGAAGUACGGUAACAAACGGAGCAAAAGUUUCCAACGGAUCAAAUGGCAUGUCUGAGGAGGAAAACAAAGCUGAAGUAAAAGAGGAGAUAAUGGAGGUCAAUGAAAAGGAAGGCAACAGCGGUGAAGAAAGAGCUGAAGAGAAUGGCGUUGAAGUGAAAUCUCCUCGAGAAACUACUGGUAGAAAGGGCAGAGGUCGUUCAAACAAGAACUCCACUGGUGCUGCUCAACCUUCCAUCAUGUCAAUGUUCAGCAAAGUGCCAGCCAAGAGGAAGUCCACAGCUGAAGAGGAGGAGAGUGUGAAAUGUGAGGAAGAAAAAGAUUUGAAAAAAGCCAAAAUAGAGAAUGGUGACGAAGACAAGAUGGACACAGAUGAUCAGGUUACAGGGGAAUUACGAGACAAGGCAAAGAUUGAACCAAGUCCUGUACCUAAAUUGCCUCCUGCUAAAUGUCGUGAAUGUAAACAGCUGCUGGACGACCCAGAUCUGUUGAUGUUUCCUGGUGAUGCUGAGGAUGCAGUGGAGGAGUUUAUAGCAUUGACCAACCCAAAGUUGUCUGUGUUUACUGGUGAUGAAGAGAAUAUCAACAGUUAUGAUGAACGGCCACAACAUAAAAUCACGAAUUUCAGUGUGUACGACAAAAACACCCAUCUGUGUCCGUUUGACACAGGACUGAUAGAGAAGAAUGUCCUACUCUACUUCAGUGGCUCCCUUAAACCAAUAUUUGAUGAGAACUCUAGUCCUGAGGGUGGUGUGGCUUGUCGAAACAUGGGCCCAAUCAAUGAAUGGUGGACAGCAGGCUUUGAUGGUGGAGAGAAUGCACUAAUCGGAUUCAGUACAGCCUAUGCCGAGUAUAUUUUGAUGGGUGCUAGUGAAGCAUAUAAACCAUUCAUGGAUACUAUGAGAGAGAAGAUUCACAUCAGUAAAGUCGUCAUCGAGUUUCUUCAGCGCCACCAGGAUGCUACAUACGAGGAUCUUCUCAACAAAAUAGAGACAACAGUUCCUCCAACCGGUUUGUUGAGUCUGACUGAGGACUCUCUGCUGCGGCAUGCCCAGUUCGUUGUGGACCAGGUCCAGAGCUAUGAUGAGGCUGCUGACGAGGAUGAAGGGCUCUUGAUUACAACGGCCUGUGUGAGAGGUCUCAUCAAAUUGGCUGGAGUCACCCUAGGCAAACGUCGUGCCUUGAGGAAAGAAUUACGCAAGGACAAAGAGAAGAAGGAGAAGAAACCUGUUCACACAAUGGCAACUGUAACACCACUGGUCAGUGAAAUAUUUGAUAAAAUGUUUCAAGGUCAAAUUGAUGAAAAAAAUGGACAAGGAACCAAGCGAAGACGAUGUGGAAUAUGUGAGGUAUGUCAGCAGUCGGACUGUGGUAAAUGUCGCGCAUGCCAGGACAUGAUCAAGUUUGGUGGCACAGGCAAGUCCAAACAGGCUUGUAUGGAACGCAGGUGUCCAAACAUGGCAGUAAAAGAUGCAGAAGAUGAUGAUUUGGGAGAGGAAGAUGACGAUGAUAAGAAACUUCAAAUGGAUGAGGUGAUGGCACCAGAUAAAAAGCACAGACUGUCGGUCAAUACAAAGACAAAACUCAAGUGGAUUGGAGAGCCAAUGAAGGUUGAUGGAAAAAAUACCUACUACAGCCACGUCAGCAUUAAUGGACAGGAGGUCACAAUUGAUGACUACAUCUCGGUGAAGCCUGAGAGCCUCUCUAUGGCUGUGUACUUGGCCCGUGUCGUAUACAUGUGGGAGGAUGCCCAUGGCAGCAAGAUGUUCCACGCCCACUGGUUCUGCCGAGGUACAGACACUGUGUUGGGAGAGACUUCUGACCCACAGGAAUUGUUCUUGAUGGAUGACUGUGAAGACUGUAAGCUAGAAACUGCCAUUGGACUCGUCGAGGUUAUUCACAAAAAAACUCCUUCAAAUUGGGGAAUGCUGGGAGGAAUAGAACAUGCAGAUGAAGAUAUUGACAGAGAGGACGAAAAUACCUACUUCUAUCAGAAAUGGUAUGAUUGUGAUCUGGCACGGUUUGAAGACCCACCUGUAUGCGACUUUCAGCCUGCAGAUCAUCUGAAGCACAAGUUCUGUACCAGCUGCCACAGACUGAAUCUACUGAGAAAGAAGGAGAACCCUGCCCUGGGAGAGGAGAUCAGUGUAGACAAUGGGACAUCCAGUCGGGUGUACUACAACUGUGUCAGACGGGAUGGACUGGAGUACAAAGUGGGAGACUGUUGUUACAUUGAGCCUGAUGGCUUCAGCUUCAAUGUGAAGCCUGCUGUCCCCAAAAAACCAAAACAGGAAAAAACAGAUGUAGAUGAGGAGCUCUACCCAGAGGCUUAUAGAAAGACUGAGUACAUCAAGGGCUCCAAUGACAAACUGCCCAGCCCGUUCAGGGUUGCCCGCAUACUACAGAUCUUUUGUAAAAAGUCUUACACCUCAAAGAUUUCUGACAUGACAGACAUCAGAUUAAAAGUUGCCAAAUUCUACAGGCCAGAAGACACUCACAAAGGAGUGACGGCAGGAUACCACACGGACAUGAACACACUUUACUGGUCAGAUGAAGAAGCUACAGUGGAGUUUCAGCUGGUGCGGGGCAAGUGUGAGAUUGUGUUCAGUGAGAAUAUCCGUGAUUUGGAUGACUACUUUUCUAAAGCUCCUGACAGGUUCUAUUUUACAGAGAUGUAUGACAGUGAGAACAAGAUGUUUGAGGAGCCCCCUAGUAAAGCAACACAAUGUGGCUCCAAGGGCAAGGGGAAAGGAAAGGGCAAAGGUAAAGGAAAGAGUUCAGCAGCGGUACCGGACAUUGAGGAGAAGUCGGUGGACUUCGAAAGGCUGCGCUGUCUCGAUGUGUUUGCUGGCUGUGGAGGUUUGUCCGAGGGCUUCCACCAGGCUGGUAUGGCGGAGAGUCGCUGGGCCAUUGAGAAGGAAGAACCUGCCGCUCAGGCAUUCAGACUUAACAACCCUGGAUGUGAAGUGUUUACAGAUGACUGUAAUAUCCUUCUCCGCCUAGUCAUGGAUGGGGAGACAACUAAUGACAGAGGUCAGAAACUGCCACAGAAAGGGGACGUGGAGUUGCUAUGUGGUGGACCUCCGUGUCAGGGUUUCAGCGGUAUGAAUAGAUUUAACAGUCGAGAGUACUCAAAAUUCAAGAACUCUCUGAUAUCAUCAUAUUUAUCUUACUGUGACUACUACCGACCUCGCUACUUCCUGUUGGAGAACGUCAGAAAUUUUGUCUCCUACAAGCGCAGCAUGGUACUGAAACUGGCCCUACGUUGUCUCAUCCGUAUGGGGUACCAGUGUACAUUUGGGGUGCUACAGGCUGGUAGUUACGGAGUGGCCCAAACUCGCAGGAGGGCAAUCAUCCUAGCAGCAGCCCCUGGACACAAAUUGCCUUUCUAUCCAGAACCCCUUCAUGUGUUUGCUCCACGAGCCAUGCAGCUGUCUGUACAAGUAGACGAGAAAAAGUUUUGCUCUAAUAUUACGAGGAUGGAGGCUGCACCUUUCAGGACCAUCACUGUUCGAGACACAAUGUCAGAUUUGCCGGAGAUUCGCAAUGGAGCCAAGGCAGAGGAAAUCUCUUAUCAAGGGGAUGGCCAGUCACACUUCCAGAAAUUGAUCCGAGGGAGGCAGCACCAGCCUAUCCUCAGAGAUCACAUUUGUAAAGAAAUGUCUGCACUUGUCCACGCCCGUAUGCAACACAUUCCCCUGGCUCCAGGAUCUGACUGGCGCUCACUCCCUAACCUGGAAAUCAGGCUGUCAGACGGCACAAAGACCAAGAAACUACGAUAUACCCACCAUGACAAACAGAAGGGCAAGAGCAGCAGAGGUUAUCUGAGAGGUGUGUGUUCCUGUGCUGAGGGUAAGUCCUGUGAGACGAUGGACCGUCAGUUCAACACUGUUAUCCCCUGGUGUCUCCCCCACACAGGAAAUCGCCACAACAACUGGUCAGGACUGUAUGGACGGCUGGAGUGGGAUGGAUUCUUCUCUACCACCGUCACCAAUCCAGAACCCAUGGGAAAACAGGGUCGUGUGUUGCAUCCAGAGCAACACCGUGUGGUUAGUGUAAGGGAGUGUGCCCGCUCACAGGGAUUCCCGGACACCUAUCGAUUCUUUGGUACCAUCCUCGACCGUCACAGACAGGUUGGGAAUGCAGUACCACCCCCGAUGGCUAAGGCAAUUGGGUUGGAAAUCCGGAAGUGUUUGGAAUGGAAUGCACAGCAAAAGGUGGAAACUGAAAAAGUCAAAGAGGAGUCUGCAAAGGACAUAGAAAUGGCAGAUGUCAAGGAAGAGAUCAGUGAUGUAAAGCCAAAGGUGGAGAAAAUGUCUCCGUGUAAACCAGGUUCAUCGUCAUAGCGAUGGUGUUUUGGACUUCUUGAAGACUAAAUGCCAUCAUUACACCUGGAUAGAAAACCUGGAAAGCAACCUAAAUGUGUAUUUCUCAUUGGUUUUGACAAUCUGCACUUAGAACUAUCCUGGGAAUGUUUGAGGAUGAGAUUUCACAACUAGUCCGGACAAAACACUCUAAGAAUCGCCCAGAGAAAGUACAGUGAGAAUUCUUGACUAGCGUGGUUUACAAUUUUCUGAAGAUCUUGUCCCCUGUCACCAGUUUCUACAUGUAGGUAGCGAACUGACAUCCUAGUGAUAUGGAAUAUUAUUGUGAGAGAUUGUGGCUGGGUUCGGAGUGAUUUGAAUGAACUUGUGUGAACAUAAAAAAAAGAUACCCCAUGUCUCCAUUGCAUACAAUUUUAUCACUCUUAUUUUCUUUCAUCAUGGUACCAAUGUGAGGGAUUGUGGCAUGGUUCGGAGUGAUUUGAAUGAAGUUGUUCGAAUAUAACAAAAACACCUGUCUCUGUUGCGUACAAUUUAAUCACAGAGUAUAAACGGUAGCUCAAUUGUGACGUCACGAACAGGCGAAAAGGGGAGAUAAUGAUGUUGCACUAAUCCCUGACAAUUAUAUGAUAAAUGGAACAUGUUCAUAAAACAGCAGGUAUCACUUGAAUUUCUUAAAAUGCAUGUUAUAAUUAAAGUUCCGGCCAGUUUCACCAAUAUUCCUGAACUUGAAGAAGUUCCUUAACAAGUUGCCUGGUACUAACCGUAGGCCUGUGGUUUUUCUCUCGGUACUCCAGCUUUCUUCCACCUCCAAAACCUGGCAAGUACUUAAAUGAACCUGGUUGUUAAAGGAUACUUAACAAAAAAAACCUAAACCAAAUAUACCUUAACAAAUUUUUCCUUUAAGCCUUUAUUUUAAUGCUUUACUACAAAAUAAAUCGUCAGUUCAGGAAUUUCUUCAAGUCGGAAAUGUUGAUGAAACUUGGGCCAAGUGUUACUCAUUGUAUAUACAUGUACAUGUGAUAAUUCUGUGAGAAGUAGGGUGUGAUCAAGUCUGCAUUAUGAUUCAUUUUAUCCAUGUAAAGUAAAAGUAACAUGGCAAGGCAUACACCAUCAUCAAUUAACUACAAUGUCAAUUAUCAAUUAUCAAAUCCUUUCUGAUAAUAUGUCAAGAUGCAGGAUCAAUUUCAUUGUCUUUAAUUUAAAGAUGUUGUGUUAUAACUUAUAUUAAAGUUUCUUACCUGUAUUUUUUAUUUUGAUAUUCGCUGUUGAAAUGUCAAACUGUCUACACAAAAUUCAGAGAAAAAAUAAUAGUGUUUGAUAUUCUGAGGAUGUGUCCUAUUACAACACAUUCUUUCUGGAGAUUUAUUGACUCUGUAACGAGACGAUCAUGAUUGAACACACAAUGUAAUGAGCCGAUCAUGAUUGAACACACAAAUAUCUUUGAAAAACCAUGAAUUUUCAGUAUCUAAAUUGUGUAUGAUUCCUGUGUAUGGAGAUCUAGAGUAUUCAUGUUGUGGUUAAAUUAAGUAAAAGUGAGAGUGAAGCUAUAACUGCAGAUAUUGUAACUGGGUAUUGGAUGGAAUAGAAAAUGGGGUUGACAUUUGGAUAAAAUAACUGAAAAUUUUUAAUAUAAUGCAUUUUGAAUUUUACCCAAUCUGAACACCUGAAAUCUUAAAUGAAAUGUCAUAGAUAUUUUGUCAGAGGAAAGUUGCUAAACUUUGUUGUACAUACUACAAAUCAGAUUGGGUAACUGUAAAUACUACAAUCAGUUGUCACAUGGGACAAUGUUCAUUUCCAUUGAUUCUCUCAUUUCUGUCAUUCUUAAUGUCUGAUCAUGAAAAGGAUUUUUGAAUAAGAUUGUAUAUAUGAAAUUCUUCCUAUGAUUAUGUAUUUAUUUUUCACACAUUCAGCUCCUGAGUAUAAAUCUGUUUUGAUUGAGGUUUAUAAGAGCAGUCAUAAUGUGUUAACCAUAUUGAUACUUUCUCUACAAUUAUAAUUAUAUUGACUUACAUGCUACCAAGCCAAAGAUUUCUGAUGUUUUAUCGGCCUUUUAAAAAUCUGAUAUGGGUCAACUAACAUCAGAACUCCUGCCAUAGGAAAAAGAGGGAGAAUGGCCGACCAAUAUCUGGUUAGCACUGCAGUGUAUGUUUUAAACUUUUCAAUACUAUCAUGUGAAUUGAAAACAUGAAUUAGACGUUAAUUAUUUUUUAACAAACCUGACCAUACAGGUAUACAUGUUGACAUAUAUGAACCAACUCAAUGCUCUAUGAGUUUCCAAAAAUUUUCGGCCAUGUUUGUAACGAUUGCCUAAUGCCUCGGGCUGAAAACAGUUUCUGGUGAGACUUUUAAUCACAAUUUACUUUUCAAAUAUGGCAGAAAAUAUUUGGAAGCACACAAGUUCAAUUACCUCUGUUGAAAAAUGACCGAUGUUUCGAUAUGAUUUCUGUCCACACAAUGGUAUUGAAUAGUUCCAUCUCUUUUCAGUUUUCACCAUGGCAGGAGUUAUGAUACUUGGAUUAACAUGUGACCUGUAAAUGUAUGGAGUAACUUAUUGUAUAAUGUUUGGUUACAUAACGUGUACUGUCCUAUUGUAUAAUGUUUGAUUAUAUAACGUGUCCUGUUCUAUGAUGAUGUGUCAUGUUUAACAGUUCUAUUUGUUAUUUAUACACAUCAGGCUCUAUAGUGCUAUUUUUCAAAUCAACAACAUUAUCUGCAAUACAUGAAAUAGGACAUUGCAGAAUGUAAAAAAUAAACCAUUUUCUUUUGUA